CUGAAUCGGAUGGCAAUCAAUUCUAUCCCCGACUAAGGCCGAAGAGCCGAGCCUACUCCUCAUCGCCUACCAUGGUCUGUUCUCGUUCUCGCCUUUCCAACUCAUCGGCUUAUUUGCUUUCCUGUCUCCACUUCUUUAUGCUUCAUUUAGAAAUGAAUAUUUGCAUUGGCUACUAUGUCGACUUCAAAGGACAUCACCAGCCAUUCUUUCCCGUUGUCCGCUGCCAGGUUUCGAACAAGAACUGGAUGCGCUGAAUGUCGGAGGCGCCGUAAGAAGUGCGAUGAAAAGCGACCACGGUGUGGGGGAUGCUCUCGAAUUCAUCUCACUUGCACAUGGUUAACCGAAAAUCAGUUAAUAGAUCGACGAAGGAACCGCAAUCCCCAGAAAAUUGGUGAAACACGAUGUUAUCCACAGUUCACAGUUUUUGGGGAUCGGGAAUGUCAGUCUGAAUCGCAAGACCAAGAUUAUCCCUUGAUUACUGUGCCUCCCAACAUUAAUGUCUCUUCGAUUACUAUGCCGGCCCCAUUCCAGUCAAAGGAACACCUUCGGCUUUACCACUAUUUUACAGCCUCCGUUCUUCCAUUCCUUAUCCGACAAACAAGUCUAGCAAGGUACUCAGAGCAAAGACAUUUCCUUCGACUUGCUCUUGAGCACCCUCCUGUCAUGGGUGCGGUGAUCGGUAUUGCCGCGCUUCGCACCAGGGAGCAGUCAUCUCGUCUGAACAUCUUAGCUAUAGAAAGCUAUUUAUUCUCAAUCAACUACCUGCGUAAAAGUAUUUCUCGUGCUAAUUACACUGGAGAUGAGGAUUGGCUCCUGGCAACCACCAUUCUUCUUUGUGUUCUUGAGCAGAAUUCACGCUACGAUGAGGUACCAAACGCCGGGUCACAUAUCCUUGCCUCCGGUCAACUUCUGAGCCUUCGAAGCCCCAGGCCCCGCAAUUACUACUCACAAGAUGCCAUUGUUUUCGAGCGAAUUUGCGCCGAGUCAUUUCUCUAUCACUCAACACUUUUGACUCUUCUUGAUCCAUCGUUAGAUCGUAUAUGUGCUCUCAGGGUCAGGCUUGAUCUAGAUGGAUAUUUCUUCGAUCCUGCCCAUCCUGACGCCAACGAUCUGGGGUCCUCUAUUUCUACUCAGCCGAUUCUCGAAGCUUCCUAUGAGUUUUACCUGUUGAUUGCGGAUAUCACGAGGUUGGCAAGAGCAGUGCCAUUAACAAGUCCGGAAGAUUGUGCUCUUUGGUUUCAGCGGCGAGAGGGCUUUCGACGCUGGGAGAGCACUAUCGGCAGUGCUCGCCCGGCCCUGCUCAGUAAUAAUAUCGCUAAGCUUUAUGCAGAAGCGAUUCGAAUCUUGUUUCUCAAAGCGCAUCCUGAGUUACCAAGGAAUGAAAUCGUCGGGUUCCUUGAGGUCAGCUUCCAGCGUGGCUUGGCCCUGAUAAAGACCAUGGGUUUCGAUGAAUGCUUUGCUCCUUAUUACCGUUUGUGGCCUGUCAUUGUCAUUGGAUCGCUUGCCAUUGAUUCUGCUGAAAAGCAAAUGAUCAGAGCAAAAUUAUGUGCUAUGCCCGAAUCAGGACAAAAAGGGCCAUUGAUACUAGUACUGCACCGUCUAGAAAGAGUGUGGGAUCUAGAUGCUACAUCUCACGGUUAUGAGCAAGGCAUGCUAAGGCUAACGUAUUUGACAAAGCUUCUGAGUGGCAAGUGA